CCGUAAUGACUAACGACGACAAACCUACAAAAGAAUAUAUGACUUACAAACCAGUAAAUGCAUCCAAGAGUGGUAAUAAAACUGGAAAAGAAAAAAGUAAUGUAAUGAUAGUAGAUGAUGAUAUUGUUAUAGAUUGA